AUGGGGAAGGGAGGGGAGGAGCAGGCUCGGUCCCUGUUCGGAAUAGGGUUGACGGAACGGCCGAAAUGGCAUCAGUUCCUCAUUUGUUCCUCGGGCUUCUUCUUCGGGUACCUGGUCAACGGCGUCUGCGAGGUAACCCCCCAUCCUUGUCGGAAGAAUCGCUCCUCAUUUGGAUUUCCCGAGGGCUUUCUCUUUUUCUCUUGACGGAUGACGAUCUACGUCCUUCUCGGUGCCGAUUGUGGAUGGGGCAGCUGCUCCGAUCUCGGAUGUUCUCUUUCAUCUGUAGAACCGGUCAUUUCGUCCCACCUUGAGAGAGGGGGGUGGGGAAGGCGCGAGUUUGUUCUUUGUGGAUGUUCGUCAGAACCUCGAUCUUAACUCCAUCACCAGUUCCAGAUGAUUCAACAUAAAAAAAAGAGACAAGAAAGGAACCAUCUUGUUCUUCGGGAUGGCAACACACAACGAUAUCGCGAAUGCCGACGAUUCUUGCUAAUUACUGGAACUAAUUUCUGAAUAAUAAUCCCCCUUUUUCCUGGAAUUGCAGGAAUAUGUGUACAAUCGCCUUCAAUUCAGGUGAGCUAGAACUUCCUAAGAAAUUUAUUUUGAUUCUCCUUUUAUCAGUCCUGCCUUCAGCAUUUCCGCAGCUCAAGAACUGUUCUUGGGCCAAAUCGAUGGACUGGCUUCUCUCUCUGAAUUAUUCGUUCCUGUGUUCUCCAGCUACGGUUGGUACUUCACCUUCGUCCAGGGGUUCGUCUACCUCGUCCUCAUCUACUUCCAGGGCUUCACCACGAAGCAGAUGGUCAACCCCUGGAAGACCUACGUUAAACUCUCGGCCGUCCUCAUGGGCUCCCACGGCCUCACCAAGGGUUCCCUGGCCUUCCUCAACUACCCGGCGCAGCUCAUGUUCAAGUCCACCAAGGUGAACACGGAGGCACAGAGCCUGACCCAGUAGAAACUACUGGUUUGUCUUUGAAUUGGUUCUUCUGGGUCUUAAUUUUCGCACGGAACAACUUCUGAGUUUCGAUUUUCCCUAUCGGAAUUGCAGGUUUUGCCGGUGAUGGUGAUGGGGGCCUUCAUACCCGGUCUCCGGCGGAAAUACCCCGCCCACGAGUACGUCUCCGCGAUCCUGCUCGUGGUGGGUCUGAUCCUCUUCACCUUGGCGGACGCCCACACCUCCCCCAACUUCAGCGUCAUUGGGGUGGUCAUGGUCUCCGGUGCCCUCAUAAUGGACUCCUUCCUGGGCAACUUCCAAGAAGCCAUCUUCACCAUGAAUCCCGAGACCACACAGGUGGAUCCCCUCUUCUGCUGCAAACCUCACCGCGUGUUCUGAUUCCGGCAUGGAAUUGGUCAGCUAAGUUUUGUUUUAUUUCUCUUGGGACGUUGUAGAUGGAGAUGCUCUUCUGCUCCACCGUCGUCGGGCUGCCGUUCUUGAUCCCUCCGAUGGUCCUAACCGGGGAGAUCUUCCGGGCCUGGAACUCGUGCUACCAGGUAACUCCUCGAUUAAGCUCUUCAGCUCUGCAAUCAAGGAAGAAGAUGAACUUUCCCUGUUCUUCUCGUGUAAACACGGGCUGUAACCUCCUUACGGAACUGAGAACGACGGCGAAGUAGUGGUCAUCCUUCUUCAUACCCCGUGCCGCCCACCUUCCCUGACGGCGUCUGCUGGCGUGACGAGAAGAAGAAGAAGAAGAAGACGGGCUCAAUCAGUGGCCGCGGAUCAUCGGACGUGGGCUGACCUGGUCGUCGUUCCUUCCUCGCUGACGUAUUUAUCACCAUUUGUGCAGCACCCCUACGUCUACAUCGUGCUGAUCUUCGAGGCGAUGGCGACGUUCGUCGGGCAGGUCUCCGUGCUGUCGCUGAUCGCCCUCUUCGGCGCCGCCACCACCGCCAUGGUACCCAGCCGAGCUCGCACCGGCUCGUUACGGAAUUGAUUCAUCGAGGCUAUUAAUCCUGAGGCGCGUUUACCGCAGGUGACGACGGCGAGGAAGGCGGUGACGCUUCUGCUCUCUUAUCUGAUCUUCACGAAGCCCUUGACGGAGCAGCACGGGACGGGGCUCAUUCUCAUCACCAUGGGCGUCGUCUUGAAGCUUCUCCCGGAGAACAAGGACGUUGGUUCUCGGAGACAGAAGCAGCAGCAGCAACAGCAGCGGGAGCAGCAUCAUCACCACCUUCCGCCGCCGGAUCAACAGCUGCCCGGUCAGGGGCGGUGGGCAAAUGCGGAUGAUGAUGAGGAAAAGAGGCCACUUGUCUGA